UGGGAAGCAACUUCAGCACAAUUUGGUGUACACUCUGUCGUCUUCUCCACACACUUUUGGAACCAAAACCCCAAUUGAAAAACCCCCUUCUCAAUUCUGCAAAUUUCUUUCAUCAAUGUCGUCGAACAAUCCGUCGCAGCUCUUCCCAUCAGAGCUGAUUGAUCGGUGCGUCGGGUCGAAAAUAUGGGUUAUAAUGAAGGGAGACAAAGAGUUGGUUGGUAUUCUCCGUGGAUUCGAUGUUUAUGUUAACAUGGUGUUGGAGGAUGUUACUGAAUACGAGAUCACCUCCGAAGGAAGACGCAUUACAAAACUCGAUCAAAUCUUGCUUAAUGGAAACAACAUUGCAAUACUGGUUCCCGGUGGCUCACCCGACUCGGAAUGAGGGGUUCAUUAAUCUGAUAUUAGGUAUCGAUUUUUAGGAACAAAUUCGUAUAUCUUCCCAAAAAAAUCUGUUUGGGUUUUAUUUUUGCAUGGCUAAAUCUUGCAGUAAUUGUAUAUCUGUUUUUUUUUUUUUUUUUUUUAAGCCUUUUAUAUUCAAAAUGUUAUUGAUUUGUGUGCUGCCAUCUAUCUACGACACAAGCUUUCUGCGCUUGUUUUAUUCAUGAAUUCUUA